GCGGCGCGCUCCUGACAAGCCUCUCGAGCCGCUGCCGUACUGUAAUCAUAUGAUAGGGAGUCGAUCCCCGCUGCAGAAUACCGACACACCGGGCGGACACCAGCGGAGGAGCCGGGGCGGAGGACACGAGCUGACGGUAGAUUUCGGGGUUUUUGUAGCCGUUGAAGAAGUGCGUGGACUUUAGUUAAAGUGUCGCCAGAAGUGUGAAAGAGAGCCAAACUCCCCCUGAAAAGGAACUUUUUUAAACUCCGGAGAGAGUCGGACAGAGGGGGGGGGACCGUUUGGACGAAGAGAGGGGCGCACACACGAAACGUUUAACCCAAAGGAGAAUCGAUUUAACCGGAGCUGAGGUUUGAGUUUGAGCAGCCACAGAGGCGGUCAGCGGGUCGCGACCGGCGGAAUCCCCUCGGGUCCUCGCAUCGCUUCGUCGGGGUGUGUCUUUUUUAAAUUUCCCCCGUAAGUUUUUUCGGCUAGCUAGGUCACUUUAUUGUUGAAGCAUAAGCCAUGGUCGGGGAGACUGAGGUGAAGGAGAGACCCAAGUCCAACCCGGACUAUCUAAUGCAGCUGAUGAACGACAGGAAGGUUAUGAGCUCCCUGCCCAACUUCAGCGGCAUCUUCACGCAUCUGGAGCGGCUUCUGGAUGAAGAAAUCGGCAGGGUACGCAAGGACAUGUACAACGACACAGUGAACGGCGGCAUGUUCAACGGGCGAGACAUGGAGGAGCUUCCCGAAGCGAUAGGCCCUGUGGCCCAGCUGCAGGAGAAGCUCUACGUGCCUGUCAAAGAGUACCCCGAUUUUAACUUUGUAGGGAGGAUCCUGGGCCCACGUGGACUGACGGCCAAACAACUGGAAGCAGAGACCGGCUGCAAGAUUAUGGUGCGAGGAAAGGGCUCCAUGAGAGACAAGAAGAAGGAGGAGAUGAACCGAGGGAAGCCCAACUGGGAGCACCUCAGCGAGGACCUCCACGUCCUGAUCACAGUGGAGGACACGCACAACCGUGCCAAGAUCAAACUCCAGCGGGCCAUCAACGAGGUCAAGAAACUUCUUGUGCCCGCUGCUGAGGGGGAGGACAACCUGAAGAAAAUGCAGUUGAUGGAGCUGGCCAUUCUCAACGGGACCUACAGAGACGCCAAUGUCAAGACGCCCACCGCCACUUUCCCUCUAGCUACUCCUCAGGCGCCUCGGAUCAUCACGGGUCCAACGCCCGUCCUGCCUCCGACCCUGCGCAACCCCGCCCCCGUCACCACGCCGACCAUCAUGCCUCUGAUUCGUCAGAUUCAGAGCUCAGCCCUCGUACCGGGAGCCAAUCCACACCCGGCGCUGGUGCAGCAGGGACCCGAAUCUGGAAUCAUCUACACGCCGUACGAGUAUCCCUACACACUCACGCCCUCCAUAUUGGAAUACCCAAUUGACUCAACUGGAGUAUUAGGUAUGGCUUUUCCAACCAAAGGCUAAGCGAUAGCAACCCUUCCUAGCACACACACGGACUGGCUUGCAGAGACACCCCCCUUCCCCCUUCCUCCCCCUUCCUCCCCCCUACAUACUUGUCCCAUAGAGCAAACACUCAAAGUUUGCUGUACUUUACUUUAGGAUGACAGAUUCCUCGACAGUCAUUCUGUAGUCAAGUGUCCAUUCCUGUUAAUUUCCUCUUUGUAUUAGCAGACUAGUGUUGUGGUGUGACGGCUAUUUAACUUUUUUAAUAGUUCAGCUUCAGCUUGUAAUUUUAACACAUUUUAGUGAACACAUAGAUAUUUUAGCGCAGCUGUUUGUGAUUUACUAUAUGUUAAAGCUUAUUUUAAUCACAGAGCUAUAGAGUGACUUUGCUUACAGCCGAUGUUGAAUCUACUAGCGAAGCUUAGUGAGAAAUUAGCGGUUUGGAUCAAUAUUUCCUUUAGAGAACAGAAGACCACAAAACAACAAAAGUUCUGUCUCUUAGAAGCGUUUUGACUUGUUUUCACCCUCAGCCUGGAACACUUUUGUAAAUUCCUGGUUUCACUGAUGUUGGUGCCAUGGGUGGACUGUUUGAUGUCUUUCUGAUGAGUAACCUGUGUUCUGUUUUGGCGAUGUCAAUGGCUGUUAGCAGGUGCCAUGACCACUAAGGUACGACGCCACGACAAGAGAAUCCAUCCUUACCAAAGGGUAGUGACCCCAGACAGAGGUUAGUUAGCUCACCAGCCACUUUAUGUGUAUGUGUGUGUGCGUGCGUGUGUUAGUGUGCGUGCAUGCAGACCAAUGGACCAAUUUCAGUUUACAUGUGUCUGUAAUACGGCAUGCCUAAAAGAGAAAUAACUGUAUCAGGCGUAAAGGUCACACGCUGAAGCAGCCUCGGUGUAAAAUGUGAAACAGUAUUUGUUGCAGUGGAAGUCAAAUAAGUGAGCAGGUUGGGAGGAACCACGUUAGGGGUGACAGCUGCAGCGGUUGUCUUUGCUCGCCUGUGAGAUAAACUGGACGGCUUGCAGACAGGGACCCUCUCAAUUAGAAUGGAUCACUCCGUUCAUGUGACUCGGUCCUUGUGACUCUGGAUUUGGAGUCCUCUCUCAGAAACCUUUUUUUUUCUGGUUUGGUUUUUUUAUCUCUUCAGUUCUACUUUUGACCCUACAAAUAACCAUGGGAAGUUUUAUUUAUACCCAACUUCAUUCCAGCAGAUUUCCACAAAUGUUUUGUUUUUUUUUUUUUGGUUGUUAUUAUUAAUUAAAUCCUGUGUUGUGCCCAAUGACUAUAUGACAUUUGAAGUAACAGCGAUCGUCUUUUUUCUGGAGGUCAUUCAAUUCAAUAUGAUCUUAUGGUCUUUACUACUAAAACACAGCGUGUGAUGACUACUGAGGUCUGUGUUACAAGCUCUUUUGUAUGAAAUACUGUUGUUUGUGGUCUUAUCAGUCGCCCACUGGACUUUAUCAUUGGGGCUGUUUACAUCUUUCAUAUAUUUCCUAGCCAGAGUGGUGCUGUUACCAUGUAUUUAGCUGCAAAAUAAAUUUGUAUAUAGGGAUUUUAAGGAUUUAAGUGCUUAUAUGAAGCUUAUGGAACAAGAUCGCUUGGAAAUACUUGUAGUAUUUUUUUUUUUUUUAGUUUUUUUUUAGUUUGUAAAUUUUUAUUUUUGUUUUUACGACAUGCUUUUUAUAGAUGAAGUGUCUCCAUGUAAACUUCAAAUUUUAUUCAAGGUGUGUAGCUACUACUGUUUAAGUCACCACAAAGGUGGCAAUGAAGGCGGUGUUUUUGCUCUGUCUAUUUAAAGAUGAGGUGACCUUCUCGAUUCACAGGCCUCGUGACUGUUUUUAUGCAAUAGAAAUGGACUAGCUAGCUACAGUAUAUGUGUGUAUGUGAGCGGUGGCGCUCUUGUUGUACACGAUGGACAAAAAAACACUAAAAGGCAAUAAAGAUGACUAUUGAAAAAAA